AUGCCUGAAAGGAUCAAUCUAACAUUAGUGCUAAACAGCAACCAAACACUCAAAAGAGUAAUCAUUACACCCAAACUCCUCUCAACCAUCUUGGAAUCCUGCAUCAAGAAAUUCCCAGCAGUUAAGAAGCCACGUCUCUUCACCCCAUCUGGGUCUGAAAUAACAUGUCAAGAAGAUGUCGAUUUACACGUUGUGAAUCAGUGUGUGCUUGUUGUUUCGAAUGGAGAGAAUUUUAUUGGUGUGAAGAAGGCGGCUGGAUCUGAUGAUGGACGGGUAGCCGCUGUUGUAAGGAUUAUCGCGGAUGUGUCGGAUGUUGAUUCAAUAGCUGUAAAACAGUUGGAACAGACUGCGAGGUUGCCUGGUGUCAGAUACGCAAUAGGAAUGCCAGAUUUACACGCAGGCAACCAAUUUCCAAUUGGUACCGUAAUCAUAACUGAAAACUUCGUCUACCCAGCUUUAAUCGGUGGCGACAUCGGCUGUGGAAUGUCGUUAUGGACCACUUCAAUACCAUCUCACUCCAUAAACCCAGCCAGACUAGCUUCCAAAUUGAGAGAUCUGGAAGGUGCUUGGGAUGGUGAUGCUAAACAAUGGCUGUCUGAGAAUUCACCAUCGUUUUCAGCUGAGGUUGAAGAAAUGAUGAGCCAGUUCCAUGAUAGUUUAGGAACUGUAGGGGGUGGAAAUCAUUUCGCGGAAUUACAGGUUGCUGCUAGUAUAGUUGAUCGUGAAGCGUUUGAGAGUUUGGGACUUGUUGAAGGAAACGCAUGCUUGCUAGUGCACACAGGCAGUCGUGGUUUCGGAACCAAAAUCCUACAAUCCCAACCUCAUGGCGGCCUAUCACCAAACACACCAGAAUACACCUCAUACAUAUCACUACACGACGCAGCACUCCACUACGCCAAACGAAACCGCGACCUAGUGGCGCACCGCUUCCUAUCAUGCAUCAACGCCUCAUCAAGCGCCACCCGCGUAAUAGACAUUCACCACAACAACGUCACCCACCAACCCAUCGGCGAUGAACAACUCUACAUGCACCGGAAAGGAGCAGCACCAAGUGAUAAAGGCGCGAUCGUCAUACCCGGUAGUCGUGGUGAUUUGUCGUAUCUUGUGGUACCGACAGCACAGGGACUCGAGAAUGGGUUUUCACUGGCUCAUGGUGCUGGACGUAAACUGACAAGGACUGAUGCGUUGAUGAGGUUUAAGGACAAGUAUCGAGGGGAUGCUGGGAGGGCUGCGUUGGAGAGGACGGCUUUGGGGAGUGUGGUUGUUUGUGAUGGCGAUCUUUGGUAUGAGGAAUCUCCAGAGGCUUAUAAGCCUGUUGAAGGGAUUAUAGAGGAUUUGAAAGAGUAUUGUCGAGUUGUGGCAAUCUUGAAACCGGUUGUUACGUACAAGUUACGUCGAGAGUAG